GAUAUUGUCAACGGAAGACGGCCAGAGUUUGACAGCAGCCAAAAUAAACGUGUUGUCUUUCCAACAUACCCGUGAUGAUAGUUAUGUAGAGAUAUAUUAAAUCUGUAGAUGUAUAACCAUCUAUUGGGACGAUUAGGUUUGUGAGGGAGAAGACAUGAGACUGCAUGUUUGGAAGUGUAUCUAACUAAAUAGUGCUAUACUAUAUAUAGACUGUAUUCUGUGACGGAGCCUUUCUCUGACAGAAUGGAUAGUUUCUCCGAUGACAAUUCGUGUGCGGAUGGCUACCCCGGGGACAGAAGGGCGGUGUCCCCUUCCAAAGCCCUGCUGUCGUCCAAAGCCACUGCCUUCUCCAUAGCGGCACUGAUGGGACGAGAGGGGGAGGCUGACAACCACCAUUCCCCUAAAGACUCUUCCUCAACGGAAACACCCGAGGACUGUGGAGAGACGCAGAUUGCACCCCUAGAGAAACUAGUGGAAUCUGCUACAUCCUCCUCGCCUGUACCCAAGUAUCCCCUCACCCCGUCCGGGGAGGAGAAAAUAAAAUCUGAACCGGCCACGGACAUUGACGAGGUUAGCACUACCACUUCCCCCGCGUGCAGCAAGGAAAUGGCGGGAAUUCAGUGUUGUCUCGAAACGAAGGACUUAUGGGACAAAUUUCACGAGCUCGGCACGGAAAUGAUCAUCACCAAGACCGGACGGCGGAUGUUUCCUACUCUUCGGGUGUCAUUCACGGGAGUUGACCCCGAGGUCAGGUAUAUGGUGCUGAUGGAUAUAGUUCCGGUUGACAACAAGCGUUACAGAUACGCCUACCACCGGUCAUCAUGGUUGGUGGCCGGAAAAGCUGACCCGCCACUCCCGACCAGACUUUACAUGCACCCUGACUCUCCGUUCACGGGAGAACAACUCCAAAAACAGACCGUCUCAUUUGAAAAACUGAAAUUAACAAACAAUAUGUUGGAUAAAAAUGGACAUAUUAUAUUGAAUUCAAUGCAUAAAUACCAGCCGAGAAUUCACAUUGUGAGAAAGAAGGAGUCGAUUUCUAAUCAGACCUCCAUUACUAGUCUAGAUGCUGAGGAAUUCAAGACCUUCGUCUUCACGGAGAGUGUGUUUAUCGGGGUGACGGCCUACCAGAACCAACUGAUCACUAAGCUGAAGAUUGAUAGCAACCCGUUUGCGAAAGGAUUCCGGGAUUCGACAAGACUGACAGAGUUUGAAAGUCCAUCUGCCUCUGACCACGUCUUUCUUAAAUACAGAGAAAGUAUGGAGACGCUGAUCCAGCAGCAUACAUAUGCCCGGUCACCACUCCGGUCCUAUACAGACGCCGAGCUGGAGGAGUCCCUCAAACAACACCGAGAGUUUCUUGCCAAAGAAGAGACAGAAAAACAAGGAAUGCUACCUCAUCCACACUUUCCAAUAUGGCGGCCUAUUCCCUCGUCUGUGAUGGGGUCCUCCGCCGGUGCUUCCUCUUACAUGCCUAAUGACAGUAGAUCAUUGUACGCCCUCUAUGGCGGUUUAUUUGGACUUCAUAACUCCAGCUUUGUUUUUCCAACUGUGGCGUUUCAUCCGUUUGUUAGUGCCAAUAAUCUCCGAAUGAGAGAAUCCAUGCCCGGAAGUGUAUCAUACUCAUCGUCUUCGGAAACCCCCGGACUCCCUUAUCCCGCAUCUAUGUACAGAUAUCACCCAUAUUUAUCACCUGAAAAGAUGGCACAAAAAAGUUCGGACUCCUCCGUAGUGGAUAGUUGUCGACCCUAACAGUCGUUUUCAAUAUUUAUUUGCCAAAAUACAUCGAUACAAACUAAAAUUACUCUGAAUCAAUUAGCUGGACUAAGGGAUUGAUUAAGAUGUGUUAGCCUCUAGUCGCCAUUUCAACAGAAGUUGAUCUUGCCGUUUAACGAAGUAAGAUAUUCUGCCACUGAAAUAACUGGUUAACAGGAAAGAAGUAUAUGUCACUCAGACAGUUUAUCGCCCAGUGUUGAUGAUGGAUAUUAGGGUGAACUACAUCAGCAAUUGUACAGACAAGUGUAUUUGUGUCUGUGAUUCCCCCAGUAUCGAUUUCGAUGCUGAUGGACAACAGAAAUAUAUUAUGUGCCAUAUAGGACACGAACGACAGAAUAUAAUGGCUGUGAUACUAUUAUAUAUUAUUAGAUGUUUCUAGGUGACUAGGUAAAGCCGUUUAUCUGAUAAAAUAAGUACGACAAUGAAAUAUCAUUUCUGUCAACCCUCUCUGUUUUUUGAGAGUCUUCAUCAUUUUCAUUCUAGAUUAUUUAAUUCAGAAAUCACCUCCAAACUUGCAUUGAUACUGAAAUUAAAUUCGUUCUUAACAUAGAACAGCUCAAAAAAGUAAGUUUGUUGCACCACUAUUUUGUAAAAUAGCGCAUUAUGCAUAGGUUUGGAAUACAUUGCUAAUUUUACUACUCAUUUUCUCUCCCGUUUCAUAUUUGAAAAGUCGGCAGAUUUGAAGUAUCAAUAAGAUAAUGCUAUCUUCUCAUGGUUGUAUUUGUUAUAAGGUUGAAGAAUCAACUUUCAUACGACAUGGUAGAUGUGAAUCAUGACUUAAGUUCGGACACUAUGGUUAUAUAGAAUGGCAGCCGGUUUCUGAGAUUGUUUGCAAUAGUUAAAAGUCCUCUUAAUUAUAUUAGAUGUUUGUUUCAUUUGUCUAGAUAUUUAUUUGUUUAGCUAGUGUAUAUAUUGAAGAAGAAGUGCUGAUGGUGUGUUGCUGAGUGACACCAGUGUGUAACCUGUUCAGAUUUAUAUACAACUUAGGACUGAUCUCGUCAUCAUGUCAAUAAAAUACUGACAAUUGCU